AUGAGGACACUUGACUCUUAUUUUUCAAAUGAUAAAACAAAAAAGCAGUCACUUGCCGCAAUCGAUCAUCGUGAAGUAGAACUAGUAGAAAAAUGUGUAGAUGACCCUGCAUUUGUUUCUAACCAUACUGAUACAGCUAAUUUUAAAGAAAAGUCACUUGUUAUAAUUGAUCACAAAGAUAAAGUAGAAGAAUGUGUAGCUGAUCCUGCAUUAAUUUCUGUAGACCACACCAAUGUGCUUUCUGAUAACAAUUUAGGACAUUUUAUAGAAACUUAUUCACAAAUUUCUGAAGAUAAAAAGUUUGAUCUUUUAUCUAAUCUAUGGACGCCUCGUAAACAUUAUUAUUUUAAAAAUUAUGUUGAAGACAGUAAAGUAUAUCGAUUUUCACAGGAGAGUUUAAACAUUGCAACAGCAGUUGAUGAACUAUUUAAAUUAAAUUUUCAACAAUCAUCUUUUCUUAUUGAUUAUUAUAAAGAUACUUUUGAUAUCAAUUUUUCAAACUUGAAAUGUGAAAUGAAUGUAAUGAAAAACAUGAUGAACGAAGUUAAUUUUGAAAAUAUCGAAAAACAUCUAAAUGAAGAAGUAUUUCCUAAUUUAUUUAAAAUUAUGCAAGUGGCAAUAACAUUACCUUUGAGCUCGGCCACUUGUGAAAGGUCCUUUUCAACUAUGAGAAGGAUCAACACAUAUGUCCGAGCUUACAUGACUCAGGGCCGAUUUAGUAACUUAGCAAUAUUGAAUAUCGAAAAAGAUAUUAAAGUAGAUACUGAAACAAUAUUAAACACGUUUGCUAAAUCUAACCGAAGAAUACAGCUCUAA